AUGUUCCAUGUUCCAUGUUCCAUGUUCCAUGUCCAAUGUCCAAUGUUUCCAGCCCGAAACUUUUCCAAGUUAUUUACUGCACUUACUGCACUUACGCCAACCUUCUUCUUCUUCUGGUUGCGUUUUUAAACUUAUUAUACAUCAUACAUCAUCAUCUUCUUCUUCCCAUUCCGUCAACUCGGAAGUCUGCAGUAGGAAUCCUGCGAUUCUUCGCCCUCGUCGCGAUUCGUUUACUAUUUUGUAUUCUUCAUACCUCUUCCAUAUUCUGUUUGUUUCUUUUUCUUCUAAGCUUAUUAUAUUUCACUUGUGGUUCUUGUGGCGGCCACUUGCAUUUAUUUCAAAGUCCCAUUCGUUCCCACUUUACUGUUAGCUGCGUUUACUUCGUUGUUGGCCUGUGGUUGGAGAACGCCACAACCAAACGAACAGUGACAACGAGCAUAAUUGAGACUCGAUUGCUUCCAUACACGAAUUAUACAAGGACAAAAUACGACCCAUAAACGUACCCUGCUGGUGCUGCAGACAGUCAACUGAUUUUCGUCAUUUUUGUCGUGCCGCGCCCCCUCUCAUUUCUUACGUGCAUCAAAGUUGACCGUUGACCGUUGACCCUGGAUAAGCGCGUUUAUACAUAGCGGCCCCUCUUAACCCAACGAUCCGUCGUCACAAUGCGUCGCGCUUCCGUAGACUUGACCGACCCCUCUCGAAAUAUCGAGGAAUCAAUAGGCACUCCAGACCCGACGUCUAUAGAUUCUGAUCUAGACAUGACUUUGACAACAGAUGAUGAGGGCGCUAGAAUAUACACCCCGCCUCCUCACAUAGCCGCACGAUUUUAUCGACCCAGUCAGAAUCGUCGAAAAGAGUCGGCCGCCUCAUCGCGUCGUAAUUCCAUCUCCUCUGCGCAUUCGCGGUCUUCGCAUGGAUUCAACCACCAUGGCGGCCCGCAGAGCAAAUACAUUGCCCAGCAGAUGCGUCGUGCUUCGAUCCUCGAAGAUCGCAAGGCCCGUCUUGCCGAUAGGGCGGCGCACGCUGAGAAGGUGCGCUUGAGAGCGGCCAUGGCAAAGGCAGCCCACCAGAAGAGUUCUAACUUAGAAGAGCGUGCGUUGGCUGCUGCUCAAGCCAGAGAGAAGAACUUAGCCGAAAUCGUCGCUGCGUGCGCCGAAGAAGUAAAGCGGGCCAAAGCGGUGGCUGAGAGCAUGAAGGAAAAAAGGGAACAGGAGCUGCGCAAGCUCAAGUCCCAGAUGGAGGAGCGAUUGGCUGAGGCAGAGAAGAGGAGGGAGGAAUUACGCAGUCGCCAUACAGCCAAACGUUCUAGAGGCCAGAGCAUAAUGACGAAGAGAUCUGACACAAGUAGUUUACCGGAGGAAGAGGAACACGAAUCCUCAACCAUGAGUGAUGUCGUUCUCAUGAGCGAGGAUGUAGCGGUGUCCAAGAUUCAAUGGUGGUGGAGAGGAGUACUGAGAAGGAUGGCGGUACGCCAAUUCUCCGAGCUCGGCUUGAACAUUGAUAGCGUCAGAGAUACCUCAUUCGAGCAAGUGACCGAACUUCUUGCUCAAGAGAGGGUCCUUCUGCUUACUUCAAGAGUCUUGCGCAUCUGCGGCUUGCAAGAGGGCGAGCCGGGGUCGGUGGAUGAGAUGACCGCUGUUCGCACGUUCCUGAGCGCUUUCUUAAUUUUAGGCCAUCCUACCCAGGUCCUGAGCAAUAAGGACCAUAGGGGAGAACAGGAACAGGUUGGGUCUUCUCAAGGGCAACCCAUUCCUCAUGAUGAUCUGGCUAAUCCACAGUUACAGGAUCUCGUCGGUAAGGCACGAGAUUUGUUGAUCUCCUUCGAGAAUAUCCUUUCUCGAUUGACCUUGAUGAACAAUUAUACAGUUCCACCAGCGUUGCAGGCGGCUUUACCGGAAUCGUAUGCGACAUUCCACAACGCAUUCAUAGCAUGGAAGGCUCGUGAUUCAAAUGCCUUGGUCGAAGUCAUGAUUCUACAAUUCGUGGAACUUGACGCAAUACUCGAAACGGUUAAAGAUGGCACCGAAGAAGCCGUUGCUGAUUCCUACCGACAGAGCAUCAAAGACAACCAGCUGAUGCUGAUGGUCCGAAUAAAGAGACUUGCCGGCGCCGAGCGAGGAAAGAAAAUGAUUUUUGAUGCCGUCAAGCAAGCAAGGAAGGCCAGGGCUGCGAAAAGACCUGCAGGCGACAUGAAACCACGAGCCACCGAGCAUGAUCUUAGCAAUGAUAACUCGGUCGGAAACGACGCAACAGCCGAUCAUGUUAUUUCGUCUCAAUUACAGACGCUCACACCACCUCCUACUCCGCUCCGGGAGAAAGAGCUGAAAUUUAACAUAAGCCAGCCGACUUACCCCCCGAUCCUCCCAGACAACCGAGUAAUUGUUCACGAGUUAGCUAUCAAUCGGGAGUAUCGCAUCGAAUACCAGCAUUUCCAAGAGCAGCACGAGCUUCGCAUGAACCCCCUUUUUCAAGACCUAAAAACCGGCCCAAGGGACGAAGAGAAAGAAUUUCAUUAUCUUAUGGUAAUGGCCAACUACAUCAGAGACAGACUUCAGCAUCUAGUUAAACCUGGCUCAUCUAUGCAUACUUUUAUCGGCGAAAUCCUCGACACCGAGGUCUCACAACAGCAGUUCUUGGCGGGUAGCUUCUCGUAUGAGCGAUUCUUCUCGUCUAUGGGGUCUCUUCUCCCGAAGCUUUGCGCUCCGGUUCGUGAUGACGAGGUUAAAGAUUUAGUCGAGAACAAACUUAGUCAAGGACACGUUGUCGACCGCCUCGAGGCGCUCCUCUCAUUUAUCGAUACUAUGAUUUAUGAUUACGCAAACUACAUGUUACAAGUUGCAGCACCAAGUCUCGUGGAGCACGCUUCUGCGUACGAAACAAAGAGAUUUGCCGAGGAGCUAGAGGAUGGCACGAUCACGCUUCAUCGCGCGGAGACUUCUUGGCGAAAUGCGCGUAAUAAAGUGCUUGCGGAAGUCUCGCGCCGCGACCCCGAGGGCAUCAAUCACCCACGUUCGCGGCCCACUCCGGACAAGAUCUAUUGGCAGAUGCUAUUAGACGAGUUUACACAGCCAUCACCAUCAGAUGAAACUGUGCCGGAACCACUCGCCCUCGAUGUCAAACGCCGUGCUCGUAUAGGCCGCCAAACGAUGCGCAUCGUUACGGCGGGUGCCAUCCUCCUACAGUGCAAGAAUAUGCUCAAGCGCGAUGUCCGAGCCCCUUGGAGGACAGAAGCCGGUCGCAUCUUGACCGUCCUUGAGUCUAUGGAUAAUGAUUCGAAGCCACUUCCACAGUCUACGGCUACGCACGGCAUCAUGGCAGCGCUCGAAGCAGGGCGAUCGAUGCCAACAGCCACUAAGACACACUUACAAGCUCUUGUAACAAAGGUACUUGCUGCCAGCAUGGAUGCAAACCGCGACAAUACGGACCCUGGAGAACCCGUAUUAAGGCUCCUCCUAACACGAAUUAGAGGCCACAUCCUAGCUAGGUUGCAAGCCGGUUCCGCGAGCGAAAAGGUCAAGGCCACCAGUACAGCCGGGGAGAAACUCGCAAGCCUCGGACUGCCGGAGUUUGGGGAGAAAGUGCGAGAGAUCGUCGAUGAGAUUGUUAAAGUAGGGGUUGUGGACCGGGAAGCCCAUGGAGUAUGGUGGGAAGAGGUAGCUGAGAAGGUGAGCAGAGACGACUCAGUCCCUACGCCCGCAGCUGCGUAAGUGUGAAGAGUAGCAGCAAUUGGGAAAUGCAUUCGUCGUCGCAUGCGUGAGACGCGGCGUAUACAUUAUUGAUAGGUCUUACUUAUUGGCUCGGGUUUGGGUCUCUGGUUUCGGUUCAAUUCCUUGACUGGCGUUUUUCUUCGGGUAUACAUUCGAACACGUUUUUAAGACGGAUCAUGUAUUGAAUUUUGGAACUGGAUGGAACACCUUUUUGGAAGGAUACCUUUUGCACCUUUUGAGUCAGCGCACAUUCUGGGCUCGUGAUAUUGAUUUAGCAAUUGCUUGAGAGCUAGGAACACAGUUGAAGCUUAUCAUGGCAAAACGAUGCUAGCGAAGAAUAGAAGAAUAUUCAUAUAACUAGUUUGUACGAUUACAUUAUGUAUGCGGAUUCGGGGGAUCAGCGAGAUUCACGUGUAGUAUACGAAGGUUUGGACUAUAGAAAUAUAUAUUUUUAGUAUGACUACCUUAUGUUAGGUAGAUUCUUUAGG